UUCUUUUGGGGGAUUCUCUAGUGGAUUUUGCCCUGAAGGUGGUCCAGUGGUCGGAAUCGGAAACAGUACGACUCCAGCUCUGGGACAUCGCAGGGCAGGAACGCUUCACAUCCAUGACCCGGCUGUACUACAGGGAGGCGUCAGCCUGCAUUAUCAUGUUUGAUGUCACCAACAUCAGCACGUUCAGCAACAGCCAGAAGUGGAAGCAGGAUUUGGACAGCAAGCUCCUGCUGCCAGAUGGGAGCCCCGUGCCUUGCCUGCUGCUGGCUAACAAAUGUGACCUUUCCCCAUGGGCAGUGACAAAAGACGAAGUGGAUCGGUUCAGCAAAGAAAAUGGCUUUUCUGGUUGGGUGGAGACGUCUGUCAAGGAGAACAAGAAUAUUAACGAGUCCAUGAGAGUCCUGAUUGAAAAGAUGAUGUCCUCAUCCACUGGCGACGGAAGUUCCUCUGCUGCCGGGAGCGGGGAUUAUAUUAAUAUAAAAGAGACAACCCCGCCGGGCUGGGCUUGCUGUUAGGUGCACUGACUCCACCAUCUGCCUUGGGUCUAGCAGCAGUGUCCUUUUAUUAUCAUCAUCAUCAUCAUUUUUUCCUAAGCUGGCUGUCACUGGUUUUGGGGGUUUUUCUAAUCUUGAACUGCCUUCUGUUCAGUGCAUGUUCGUCCUCAGCACAGCGUCGCUACAAUGACUGGAGGCGUGGGAAGAAGAGAGGAGUGAGAAGAUUCCUUUUUCUACUAGCCUAGUAGCAACCAGGAGCUCUGCUGCCAGAAAUGGAGCAUGGUCCAUGUUCAAGCACAUGCUUGGAUUAAGUUUUUUUAUAAUUUUGAGCACUUCAUCUUCUGACACGUGAUGGCCUGUCUCAGGCAGGGCAAAGGAUGUCGAAGGUACAUUUUUAAUAUUGUUGCACCUUUUAUUCCCCACCACCUGCACCCACCAUACCCAGAGGCACCAGUCCGAAGCGCUGGUGACCUUUGUCUGAUGCACGCUGCAUUCAAGCAGUCUCUCUGGGCCUGUGGAUUCCCAGUGCGGGAUUACAGCAAACGCUUUACUUCAUGCUCUGGACCCGUGUACCUCUGCAUACGUGUCCUGGAGAGACCAACACAUCUCAUCAUUGCCACUAACUGUCCUUACGAUGUGAAGCCAGAUGUGGACUAGCAUGGUGUCCCACGUAACCAGACCUGUAAAACUAUCAGUGUGAAUUUGAGAAAUGGUGUAGCACAGCCCUUACUCACCUGUGUACAGGCUGUGGCACUUAACACCAGAGACCUCAAAUUUUCGUCAAGAAUUGCCCAGUUGCCUUCUGUGCGUUCCUUCUCGCUCGCCCUCUGUCUAGCACAACCCGAUGUAUUCUGUUCUGCUGCCACUUUAUUAGGGCACCGAGAGCUGAAUGAGGAAUAGGUUGUAAACUCCUUUGUAUGACAGAACAACAGUCCUUUUCACUUUUAGAACACCCCGUAUCCUACCAUCUCAAAUAGCUUUGCAAUUGCUGAUGAAUUGCCUUCCCACAAUUAUUCUGUAGCGAUGAGUGAAUUUGGUAGCGGGGACGGUGCAGGAAAGGCAGCACUCUGAAAGCCCACCCGCUGGUUUUAGUGGUGCGAGGGGGAAGCAAAGGAGAAGACUUUGCAGGACAAAAGGGAAUGAAGAGAACUGCUCCCCGCUCACCUUUUGAUGCCCGCUUUCCCCAGCACAUCCCCAGGUACUCGUUGCUGAGGACAGUCCUCACCACCACCACCACCACCAAAUCGGUAACCGCACGCUCGGUACUUACCUCAGAAGAGUUCAUAGGAGACUCGGUCUGUAGGGCUGGGGUUGUGCGGCGUUGUGUGUGCUUGAUGUAAGCAUGCUAUGCUGUGGAGUUGUCUUGCCCAUGUAUUAGGUCAGGAGUUGAACAAGUGGCCUUCAAUGGCCUUUCUCCCUUCUCGAGUAGUUUAAUCUGAAAAUGGGACUAUAAAUUGGUUUGUCCUGAUUGCUGCUGAAUUAGGACUGCUUUUCUUUGGCAAAGUAUUCCUUCUGUCUGCCUCUUCUUGCUUAGCAGCGGGAGGAGAUGCUCAGAACGGGAACAGAUUGCCUGCAAUAAGCACAAAAAAUUCUGAGUUUUCAUUCUCUGGAGUUGAAAAGGAUUGAUAAGUAAACAGUAAGGGCUAAGAAAUUUAGAACUGGUAUUGUGUUCUGCUGUUUUAAUUAAAAGCUAAAAUGUCUGUGUGGGGAUUCCGUUGUGCAAAUAUUGCCAAUUUGGGUUUUAUAGGCACUUAAGUAUACCCUUUUCUGCGCCUUUGGAUUCACUGUAGAAACAUGUGAAACGUAGAAUUGGUUAGCAAAAAAAUUGAACUGUCGUGUUGAAUUUUACUUCCUAAAUGUUGUGUUAAAAAAAAAAAGAAAAAAAAUUUAAUCCUAUAAAUAUUGCUAGUUCUUUAUGGGACGUGGGGAGAAGGGUCUAGUUUUUAAAGGAUCUGUCACAAAACCAUUAAGGUUCCUGUUUUAUUUAUUGAUUUCUGUGUACGCACCUCAAAACGUCUCAGCAAAGAGGUCAAGUGUUAAGAGUUGUCCUUACGGACAGAGAAACCGAGGCACGCAAUCUCUGCCCAGGACUGCUCAAGUCAGGGGGAGCCUGGCACUGAAAGGAAAAUUUCUCAUUCCCAUUUCGGUGGCCUGGCUGCUUGCAUCUUGCAGGAAAGCAUCUUUAUACCAUGUCGGUUUGGUAUGUACCAGCGCCUCUUUGGCGCCUGGGCCUCUUGAUCUGGACCUCUUUUUCGUAAGUGCCUCUCAGAAGCAAGCAAAAAGCCAAAGGACGAUCUUUGAAGGUUUUCUUUUAUUAUACAUAAUUUCUGUUCUGCCCAGUGGUUUCCGGUACCGGUGUAUGCCUUGAGGGUUUUUUUUUUUCCCACACUGCUUGCUGCUUGUUAACAUCUUAAUAGACACAGUAGACAAGUGUCAAAACCCAAGCCUGCACAACAGAAAGAGUCGUUGGUUGAGAUCGGUAUGAAAACCCAGCCAGACAGGAAAACGAUUUUACUGUGCAGAUGUGUGUGUUUUUUUCAGAGCUUGCUCUGUGGCACACAAGGUGCUUAAAAAAGCAAAACAAAAGAAAAAAAAAACAACCCUCAAACCCUUGACUUAGUCCUGUAAAACAAACUGAUUCAAAAGCCCCAUCUAAACACGCUCUUUGCUGGGAUAGGCAGUGUGUAAGGAACGGUUGCCUGUGAAAUUGGUGGUGCCCAGCUUGCGCUAGCUGAAAUAAUUCUCGGUUUUAAAACAACUGAAAGGGAAAAGAAAACUUGAGUGAAGCAGUUUCUAAGAAGUAUUUUAAACAAAGUUAAGUCUCCUUCGUGCAGACCGAUAAAAAGUUGAAUCCUUCAAAUAUCAAUCGGAAAAGCCUCGUCCUUAUUCUGGUGAACGGUGCUUCGCUGGGCUCUUUGUGGGCAAUGACCUGUUUUGAAAAUGAAGGUACCUGAUUUUCCCUUCUGCAGUGCCUGCUUUGACUUUGCACUCUUUGGGUGACUCUGGGCCAACUGUACCUAUUCCACUCUUCCAUGAGUCAUUUCUCAUUCCUCUGGCUUUAAUUUGUGGUCAUAUGGGACUCAAAACCACAUGAAGUUUAACGGUGUAUUUUAUACAUUGAUGACAGCGCACUAUGGGUCCACGUAGCUGGAAAUUUUCACUGCAAUAGAGUUCGAAAUCAUGAAGCCAGGCUAUAGUUCAGAAAUAAGUCAACGAUAUCAAAAGUUGCCUUUUUUUUUUUUUUUCUUAAACUGCUUGCAGUUAUGCAGAAGUAUUUUAGAGACAGGGUUCUAAUUACUGUGAAGUUGCAGUAUUACAUUUAUAUAAAGAGAAGAAACUG